UCCAAGGAGCGGGCGCUGAACCGCAGGGCUGCGGGGCUGACCAUGGGAGCCGGGGCCAGCGCCGAGGAGAAGCAUUCCCGGGAGCUGGAGAAGAAGCUCAAGGAAGAUGCUGAGAAGGAUGCCAGGACCGUCAAGCUGCUGCUGCUGGGAGCAGGGGAGUCAGGAAAGAGCACCAUUGUCAAGCAGAUGAAGAUCAUCCACCAGGACGGUUACUCGCUGGAGGAAUGCCUGGAGUUCAUUGCCAUAAUUUACAGCAACACACUCCAGUCCAUGCUGUCCAUCGUGCGGGCCAUGACCACCCUCAACAUCCAGUACGGGGACACGGCUCGCCAGGACGAUGCCCGUAAGCUGCUGCACCUCUCGGACACCAUCGAGGAGGGGACCAUGCCCAAGGAGAUGUCAGAAAUCAUCGGGCGGCUCUGGAAGGACUCGGGCAUCCAAGCCUGCUUUGACCGCGCCUCCGAGUACCAGCUCAACGACUCUGCGGGCUACUACCUGUCAGACCUGGAGCGCCUGGUGACCCCCGGCUACGUCCCCACAGAGCAGGACGUGCUGCGCUCCCGCGUCAAGACAACUGGCAUCAUCGAGACCCAGUUCUCCUUCAAAGACCUCAACUUCAGGAUGUUCGACGUGGGUGGACAGCGCUCAGAGAGGAAGAAGUGGAUCCACUGCUUUGAGGGCGUGACCUGCAUCAUCUUCAUCGCGGCUCUCAGUGCCUACGACAUGGUCCUGGUGGAGGAUGAUGAAGUGAACCGCAUGCACGAGAGCCUGCACCUCUUCAACAGCAUCUGCAACCACCGCUACUUUGCCACCACCUCCAUCGUCCUCUUCCUCAACAAGAAGGACGUUUUCCUGGAGAAGAUCAAGAAGGCCCACCUCAGCAUCUGCUUCCCCGACUAUGACGGUCCUAACACUUACGACGAUGCCGGCAACUACAUCAAGCUUCAGUUCCUGGAGCUGAACAUGCGGCGGGACGUGAAGGAGAUCUACUCCCACAUGACCUGCGCCACCGAUACCGAGAACGUCAAGUUCGUCUUUGACGCCGUCACUGACAUCAUCAUCAAGGAGAACCUCAAGGACUGCGGGCUGUUCUGAGCCCCGGCCGAGCACCCCCACCCGGGACCAGCCCCACCGCUGACCCCAUUCCACCUCCACAACCAUCCCCGCUUGCCCCACACCCCUGGGAUUUGACCUGCCCAGCUCCAAAGCCACCCCUGGUGAAGUGGGGGGGCAAAAUCUCACACCCCCUCCCCACCAACUCUCCCCCUGUGGGGCCCCCAGGUCUGCUGGGGGUCUCUGGGGCUCCAGGUCCUAGGGGCACCCGGAUGACCCUGUAUACUUUGGGGUGCUGCAGGUAACCCUCAGAGCUGUGGGGGACGGGGGUUGCCUUGGGUGCUGAGGGUUCCUGAGUACCCCUUGGAGCAGAGGGCUGUUUGGGGGUCCUGGGUGUCCCUAGGUACUUGAGGGAUCCUGGGGUGUCCCUGGGUUCCCUUUAGAGCUGACAGGUGCUGGGGUUCCCAGAUAACCCUUGGCAUUGGGGAGACUGGGGGAUUUUGGGUGCCCCUUGGUGUUGGGAGUCCCUGGUACCCCUUGGAACUGAGGGGUGCUAGGGGUUCCCUUGGGUGCUGGGGGGUCCAGGUGCCCUCUGAAGCUCUGGGUGCUGGGGUGGUCCCUCGGGUGCUGCUGGGUGCCCCCCUGGAGCUGGGGGUGCUGAGAGUCUCCACAAAGUCCAGAGCUGGGGGUCCUUUGGGUGUGGGGUGUCCAUGGGUGAUCCCCAGGACAGGGGGUUCCUGUGGGCUGCUGGGUGCAAGGAGCACUACAUCGCCCUCUGGGCUGCAGAUCAUUGGGUGUUCCUGGGUUCUGGGUGGCCCCAGGGACUGAUUGUGUGAUACUGGGGCUCCCCUGUGCCACCAUGUCACCAUUGCAGAGCCAGGGGGUGGUCAUGUGUUUGUUCCCCCCCACCCCACAGCCCCUCGGGGUAGGGUUCAGCCCUGCAGCAGCACCCCAGCUACACCCCCAAGGGUCCCCCCACUACCCUCACCUCUCACGAGCAGGGGCUUCUCCUGACCCCAGUGGGAUGCCAACCCACCUUGUGCCCCUCUCCCACCCCUGGGGCCCACCCCAACCCUCCCACAGAGGUGAAGCCCCCUGCCCACUCCCAUGCCACACAGGGCAUUUCAGUAUAUAUAACGUUUCUCUCUCUUUUUUUUUUUCCUUUCUACAUUUUAUUAUUUCAAACGACGUGAACAGUUUGGUAAAACAUCCUGUGGGAAAAGCGAGGCCGCAGGCACCGGCUGGAGGGUCCCCCUGUGCUGGGGGGACAGCGGGGGCCGCUCUGUACAGCGGGCUCUCCUCGCCCAACGCAACAGCUAGCCCUAAAAACUAGGCUUAGAAAGAGGGGGGGAUAGAGGCAGUGGGCAGCACCCCCUGCCCACCCUCCUGCCUGAGCUGCCCAUCGGCAUGGGGGCAGCAAGGCGGGGUGGGGUGCAGACCCUCCCCCCCAAAGGCACACGGUUGGGGGGUGGGCUGGCCACGGAGGAUGCCACCACCACGUAGCACUUGAUGCUUUUAAAUAGUUUGGUAAAAAGGUUUGUUUAAAAAGUAACAUGUGCCCAACCGGUGUGGUGUGGUGUUUUUUUUGCAUGGUUUUGGGUUUGGUUUUGUUGUUUUUUCUUUUUUUUGGUUUUUUUUUUUUUUUUUCCUUUUUUUCUUUCUUCUUUCUUUUCUGGUUACUAAAAGGAAUGUCAUCGGUCGUGUUUGUGGCUGGGUGGGCAUCCCUGAGGGGACCCUGUGCCCCCCGUGCCAGCAACACUUGCAAUGUAAACAGUGAGAGCACCACGGCUCGGAGUGAAUGAAA